AUGUUUAAUAAAUAUUUUUCAACCAUCAAUUCAACAAUAUCUAAACAUCCGAUUUCAAUUUCAAAAUUUCAAAAAACAAUAACAAUAACUUCAAGAUAUUUAUAUAAUAGUAAUAAAUUACUAGACGACUUUAACAACAAUAAUUCCAAUGAAACAUUACCACCAUCAUCAUCGUCACCAGAUAAUGAAAAAAUUACGAUUUCUACUGAAAGCGAAAAGGACCAACAACAAACAAAAUCAGAACCAGAAGCCUUAGAAUCUUUAUUGUUUCCUUCCGCCUCUUCCCCUUCACCAGCUUCACCCGUCUCAUUUUCAAGUAUACUUAAAGAACGUAGUAAAUUAAGCAAUAAUAUGAUAACAAUAAAAUCAAACCCACCCCCUUCUUCCAUGUUAAGGCAAUGGGAUAAAGUACCAGGAAAUUUGACAAAUUCCAACACCAGAAGAGUUCUUAAUCCAGGCAUGAUGGCAACAAGUCGUUUCAUAAGGAUCGAUGGAUUAGCAAAUACUGUAAUCACUAAUGAUAUUUUGUUUUUGUCAAAAGAAGUAAAUGGUGAUCAAAAAAGUAUUGAUGAUGUUUUAAUGCUUCGUGAUCGUGUUUUCAAUCUCACUGGAUCAGCAAUUGUUCAAUUCAGAAAUACUACAUUUGCAAAAAAUUUUUAUAUGUAUGCACCAACUAAAUUUUUAAGUAGUGGAGCACAAGACUUUGGUUAUGAGGAAAUGCUUAAUGAAUGGAAAACGUAUAAAAAAAGUACUGUUAUGAACUUUGGUCCAAGUCAAGGAAAAAGUGUCAUAAUUACAGGAACUCCAAGGGAUGUUGGUUCGAGAAUUAUAUCAAAAUUUUUAUCUGAUUUUCCUUCACUUAGGAAUCAAGAAUAUAUUUUUCCUUUACCAAAUUCAAAAUACUCAAUUACCUCGAAAUUUCUUGUUAAAUUAAAUGAUACAAAUGAUGCAUAUCGUAUUGCAAGACUGUUUAAUAAUACCUAUUUUUUCCCAGGACAUUAUGGUGAAAAAUAUAAAAUAAAGAUUUCUGUGGCAUAUUAA